AUGACACCGUUUCCAAAAACGCACGGCACGUUUUCACCCGAGUUCACCUCGGAAAAAGGUGUUCAUCAGGGUUGUCCUCUCUCUCCUUUCCUGUUUAAUGUUGUUAUAGAUUUGAUUAUGGAAACAGCCAUAUCCUUGUCCGAGGAUAGGGACAUCGAUUUGCUACCAGAUAACAGACUGUUUCAUCUGGAGUAUGCAGACGACAUUGUACUGCUAAGUGAAGAUCCAGAUUCGGGUGGUCCAGCACCCAGUCUCAAUCCAACUGGGGAAGUAAUGGAGAGAAUGGGUAAUUUCUGUUAUUUGGGCAGCCAUAUCUCACCCGGCGAAUGCAUCGCGGAUGAAGAAUCAGCUCGCACAGAAAAGGCUCGAUUAGCAUUUGUCCAAUUGAAACAUCUGUNGCCGUCACGACAUCCGGCUGUCCGUCACUUCACGAAGUGUCGAUUUGGUGAUCAGGAUAGUAUUGAAUAUCGGAAUACGAGAACGCCUACUGUAAUGCUCAGAACUGGAUUGGCUCCAACCCGAACUGCAGAUACCAAUGAAAUAAACGAGGAAUUGGUAGCAGCAAAUGCUUAUGAUUUUGAACGCGUUGCCCUGCAAGACACAGAUGUUUUGAUCGAGAAACUGAGUUCCCUAUGGGUCAUCGGUGACAUCGUACUUCCGACGUUUCCACUCAAGUCAAGUCAAGUCAAGUAUUUGCUUUAUGCACCCCGAAAGGUGGAUAUUCAUCGGUUUCUGAAGCCAGACCGGGAUGCGUUCGGUUACUGGGUAACGCAGUUGUCUAAGUCGAUCACACUACACCUGGUCGAAAUGGAAAACUGUGUCCUGCAGGGCAGCGCGUUCAAACUCCUCUACGGCACAAACAAUACCGGUGUUCACAAACACGCCGAGGCACUAGCCAUUCAAACUUUUUAUCCCUAA